GGGAAAUGGGUUUUGGUUUUUUUUGCUGUUUGUUCUUCUGGGUUUUGGUUUUGGUUAUUUUUGGGAGGGAGGUUGAUUGUGUUUUCCAUUGAGGUAAGUGUUUGGAGUGGUUUUUAGCUUUGUUUGUUUUAUAAGUUGAGACUCUUUUGGUGUUUGAAGUAAUUGCUAAGUGGGUUUCUCUGAUCUGAAUAACUUUUGGCCUGUAUUGGUCUUUGGGGUGAUCUGAUCGAGGUGGGUUUAAAAUAUUUUAAAUGGGGUUCUAUUAAAUAUCUUCAAUUCAAUACAAGUAGUUAAUACUCUGUCGGUUCAAUUCACUGGGUGGUUGAUUAAUGCAUAUGGGGCUUGAUAAAUGAGCUGAAUUAAGACUAUCACAUGAUUCAUACCUUCUUUUCCUUUUGCAUUCUUUUGGUUUUGGGUUGAUUUUUAUUGGGCGUUUGCUUAUUGGGUUUCUCUUUUCCGGGAAGAACUGAAUUGCUGAGCCCUAAAAUGGGAAAUGGGAAAUGGUUAUAUCAUGUUGGCAAGUUUCAAUGCUGAGAUGUUUGAUACGGUUUCAUGAUUCCCCUUGUGGUUGUUUGUUAUCACAGGGAUGUAUAAGAACCAGUUGCAAGAAUUAGCACAGAGAAGCUGCUUCAACUUGCCAUCCUAUGCCUGCAUUAGGGAAGGACCAGAUCAUGCCCCACGCUUUAAAGCCACAGUUAACUUCAACGGCGAAGUCUUUGAGAGCCCAACCUUCUGCAAUACUUUGAGACAAGCUGAACAUGCAGCAGCAGAGGUAGCACUUAAUGUGCUUUCAAAAAAUGGCCCUUCUAAAGCACUAGCUGCAAAAGUUCUGGAUGAAACUGGAGUUUACAAGAACUUGCUUCAAGAGACAGCGCACAGAGCUGGGUUGAAACUUCCUGUUUAUACCACUGUUCGAUCUGGACCAGGCCAUAUUCCUGUUUUCUUUUGCACAGUGGAUAUUGCAAAAAUGAGCUUUACAGGAGAACCAGCCAAAACCAAAAAGCAAGCUCAGAAAAAUGCAGCAAUGGCUGCUUGGUCUGCCUUGAAACGAUUGUCUCAGGCCAGCUCUUCCACUUCUUCCGCUCCUUUAGAGUCUGGAGGGAAUGAUGAACUGGAGCAAGUCACUGUUGCCCGCUAUCUUGCUAGUUUACAACCACCAGAGGCGAACAAGUCUGCACAAAGAGACGGGCUACUAGGACAGGGUUCUACACCUUGUAGGAGGGACUUGAUGCCAAAUGACAAUGCCAUAUCAUUGUACUCUACGCACUGCAGGGACUGGUCUCAUUCUGCUCCUCUUAUUCAAUUGGCACAUCAAUCUUGGCCCAAAGAGAGGGCAUCCCAGCAGCAGAACCACCUGUUGGCUCUUCCAUCUGCACCAACCACUCUCCCCAGACCUCAGAUGUCUCCAAUUAUUCGGUCCAUAUUCCAGCCAGACCAUGGGCCAUGUUUCUUACCAAGGGAGCAAGAGCCAGCCCCUCCUAGUCCUGGAAUUGGUCCAUUUCUUUAUUUCUCAAAUGGUUCAAUGCCAGUCCCUGUUAGUAAUCUCUCCCAAGUUACCAUUCAAGAGAUAGAGGAAAAACCCAAAGUGGAACAGGAGUGGCUGAAUGUUGAUGCAAAUUCCGGUUGCUGGAAAAUUAAUUUCCCCUCCAAUUUAUCUGGGCUCUCUCGAGUUGAAAUUCCAAAGUGUCCCAUUUCUCCUAACAGUCAUUCUGAACCUAUCCAGGAGGCGCUGCAGGGAAAAGAAGAGGAAAACAGUGCUGGAAACUCUGCUCAAUUAGGAACCAACCAAAUUCAACCACUUGCUUGGACAUCUCCCAGGUUUGCGGAUACCAGGUCCAGUGCAGGAGCCUCGGAUGAAGCUAAUCUGUGGUUACAAAACCAGCAAUUCUUGGACUAUUUGCAGUCAAAUAGCAGAUCCCAAAAUGCCCCCAUGGCUACUUACCCAGGAUCAUCCAGAGUUUAUACACGACCUUCUGCAGCUCCUGUGACGAUCAGAAGCAGUGAUGCAUCAUCCAUCCGAAAGCCCAGGCCAAUGAGUUCGAGCUUAUUCGUAUCAGCUCCACCACCAACCAGGUACGCAGCUCCUACUUGGUCAACGAGGCCAACACUAGGAGCGAAGUACACUGGAGUGAGGCCUUGUAGUAGUUUCAUGGCACCAGCGGUUAACAUCCGAUCAGUUGUGCCAGUGUGCUCAGCUCCUCCUGCUAAAGACAGGACAGGAGGCAGCCAGGAGGAGAGAGCUGGAAGGCUACAAGUUCAGAAGUUGGGAAGGUGAAAAUGUGAGGGGGCAUAGAAUUUUGAAAGCUGAGUAUCCUUUCUGGUUUUUGAGGCGAUUGCUGAGAGAAGUCUGUAAUGUAGGUGCUUUUGGAUUGGGUCUGUAUACAGGGACACAAAAUAAAAGAAUAAUAAGAGAAUAAAAUGAUCUUAUUCUUUGACA